AUGUCAAAAAGGAGGGUCGCGCUCCAUGAACCCGGCCACGGCCUGGAUUAUCAGACUUCAAGCCCGAGUGGCGGCCACUACAGAGUCGCGAGUGAACACGAGAGGGGACCCGGUCCGUAG